CUUCAUUACCACCAGAAUCCAGAUAACCAAAAAGAAAGAAAAACACUCACUGUCCCCAACCGUUCCUUCAAGGAGAAAAGAAAAGAGAAAACCCUAAAACAAUUAUCAGUCACAAAUUUGUACACUCGGCUCGCUCGUUCUUCGAAAAUCUCGACGAGCUCUGCAUCUGGAGGAUUCACGGGAGGGGGAUCUGUGAGGGAUAAGUAGGGAUUUCGUGGAAAGAGUUUUGAAACUACCGAGUUUGGUCAUGGCUUCCGGCGACAGGGAGCUCGAGCAGCAGCUCGAGGAAGCGGGGAACAAGCUCCUAAACCCUCCUUCUUCGGUCGAUGAACUUCUUCCCCUUCUCGACCAAGUCGAGAGUUAUCUAGCAAAGGUGGAACAGUCACCUACGGAAUCAAUGCAAAGCGCACUGGCUCCAUCACAAAAUGCAUUGAUCACAGACCAGCUCUUUCGGCAUUCAGAUGUGGAUGUUAAAGCUGCUGUAGCUUCUUGCAUCAGUGAGAUAACGAGAAUAACCGCACCGGAAGCUCCUUAUGAGGAUGACCAGAUGAAGGAUGUCUUUCACCUGAUAGUAUCUUCAUUUGACAACCUGGAUGACAAGAGUAGUCGGUCAUAUACUAAGAGAACGUCGAUACUUGAAACUGUUGCGAAGGUCAGGUCAUGUGUGGUGAUGUUGGAUCUUGACUUGGAUGCGCUGAUAUUAGAGAUGUUUCAGAAGUUCCUCAAGUCUGUAAGGGAUUACCAUCCAGAAAAUGUUGUUACUUCCAUGGAGACAAUUAUGCAUCUCGUCCUAGAAGAGAGUGAAGAUUGCCACACGAAACUGUUCUCACCACUUUUAGCUUGCGUAAAAAAGGGAAAUGAGGAAGUCUUGCCCGUUGCUCGCAAGCUGGUGGAGGGCGUUCUUGCAAAAUGUAGUUUACCUCUCAAGCAUGCCUUGUUAGCUGCUAUGAAAGCCUUACAGACCUCUUUGGAUGACUACAGUGAUGCUGUUGUUUCUAUAUGCCAAGAUGUUCCUCCCGAAGAUAUUGAUCAGCCAGAUAAUAAUAAAGUAGAAGGAAGCAAGUCAGAUAUGGCGUUGGUCAAUGAGGGUGCCAAGGCGAAUAAAGAAGUAACAGCAGGAGUUGGUCCUUCUGAAGUACCCGAUUCAGCAGGCGAUAAGUCCUCCAAGUCAGUUGUAAGCAAUGGUGUGGCAAAGACAAGGGAAGCUCAGGUCUUGGCCGAGUCAGAUUCCUUGAAAACCCAGGAGAAGGGUAAAGCCACUAGGUAUACAAAAAGUGCCAAUCCUGCCACAAAUGCUGAUGUUUCUGCUACCGAGAAGGCUGCUAAGAAAGAAAGCAGGCCGGAGCUGAGUAACAGAAAGAGGGCGAGAAAAUCUAAGUCAUCUGCAAAGUUGAUCGAGCGUUCUGAGGUUAUACACACUGCUGAUGAGAAAGAUGCUGAAAAGCUUCCCGAAGGCAAAAGUCACGGCAAGGAUGCUCCCAAUUCACCUCAUGCAGAAAAAUCUGUACCUGGUGAUGCUGCUGUGGCUUCUGAAAGUAAGCACAAGAAUGAUAUCCAGCCGUCAUCCCCAAAAGCAGCGGAUGGGGAGUCCUUGACUGCUUCUCCAUCUGUGAGUGAAAGCCCAGUGGAUGAAACCCUUGCCAAAAAGGUUGCUCGUUUAAAGAAGAAAGAGGGUUCAGUAAAGGGGCUUGUGCAAUCUACUGAUGAUGUCCAAAAAAGAGCAUCCGAAGGGACAAGUGACUCAGAAGUGAAGCCCACCAAACGUGGUAGAAAGGGACCUUCUGGAAUCUCCAACAAAGAAAAAUCGGUAAAGAUAACCGAGGCAUCAAAGAAAGAAUUUGGUGGAAGUGAAUUGGACGCAAAACUAUUGAAGCAGUCAUUUAAGGCAGAUGAAGGCAGUAAGAACGCAGAAGGGUCUUCGUCAAAGCAGUCUGAAGAUAAGAACCAACGUGUGCGUGGAAAAGCUCUCUCGGGGAAAAAUGUUGCAAAAAGUUUACCGAAUGACGAUGAGAAUGAAAAUAUUUCAUCCCUGAAGUCCGCUGUAAAACAAGUGAAAGAUGAACAUCCUGUUGAAGAGACCCCCAAGACAAGUAGCAAAAGGAAACGAGAUGUAGGGAAGUCCGCUGGAAAAGAAAUGACAAGUAGCAAAAGGAAACGUGAUGUAGGGAAGUCCUCCGAAAAAGAAGUGGCAUCUGAUGCUAAAGAUUAUGGCGACGAAAUUGUUGGUAAAAGGGUGCAAGUAUGGUGGCCACAAGACCGUAAGUUUUAUAAAGGCACUGUUAAUUCUUAUGAUUCUACCAAAAAGAAGCACUUGGUUAUUUAUGAUGAUGGUGAGGAAGAAAAUUUAAAUAUGAAGAGGCAGAAGUUUGAUAUCCUGAAUAGUGAAUCUGGUGGAUCUGAUUUGGAGGAUGAGGGAGAAGCAGCCAAACCUUCAAGUCCUGAUGCCUCAUCUGAGAUCCCGGCAAAGAAGAAGGCAAAAACUGAGCAGUCGGCUAAAAAAGAAAAGAUGGAUGCUUCCCCUAAAAGGGGUGGUGGAGCUUCUAGCAAAUCCAAGAGUUCAGCAGCUCGUGGGAAACCUGGGCGAAAACCGAAGGAAGUCAAUCAAACUGAUGCGGAAGAUCCCAAGUCUUCCAUGAAGACAGAGGACGAUAGUGGUACCAAAAACAAGGAGCCUACCCUCGAGAGUGGAGGUAAAUCAGGUGAUGUUGCAUCUUCCAAAACUCCUGGAAAAUCCAAGACCACUGAUGACUCUGUGGCAGCAACUAAAGCUACCACUAGCACCAAGUCGAAAGAUGAUGGUGGCGCUAGCUCUUCUGCAAAAUUGUCGAAAGCCAAACAAUCAACCAAGAAGACUGCCGGCGGGAGAUCGUCCUCCAGUGCAAAGGGUAAAGGCAUCAAGGGCGGUGCGAAGUCCAAAGCUAAUGGUACAGGGAAGCCCAAAACUGGUUCCACCAAGGCAAAAGACACCGAGGUGGAAGACAGCACUGAUGACGAGUCGGGCAAAGAGGAGGAGAUUAUCAAGGAAAAUCCGACAUCAAAGGGGCAAGCCAGUGAAGCAAAGAGCGGCAAGAAGCGGCCGAGGGAGGCCAAACUCGAGUAGGAUGGAUGGAUGGAUGUUGCUCCGAAUUUGUGUCUGAGAGUUGGCACUUGGCAUUCGCGUAGCAUUAGCAGCAGUAAAGCGAGAAGUUUGGGUUCUUUCUCCGUGCAGAUCGAUUCAAGGGGGGGACUGUUAUGGGGGUGAGUUUAAAGAGGGUCAUUUUGUAGCGUGAAGCUUAGCUGUCUUUGGUAUUGUUGAGAUAUCAGCAGCAGGAGGGUUAGGAUAGUUGGUACUGUUAGAUGGGUGUUGUUUAAUCGGUCUCUUUUAACCUCCUUUCGUUAUCUCUAGUUUAUGGUUUAUUUAAGGGAGACAUAGUGCAGUAGCAGAAGUGAGUCGGGCUAGCCCUUGUUAAAUAGAUGCUCUGUUUCCUUUUUCUUCUAAAUUAAUAGAUGAUCAUCAUUCUUAGAUUCAGAUAUCAAGUUGGUUUCCAGGCUUUCAACACCCAUCAUAGCUAAUUAGCUAUGUUGUUUUCUCUUCCUUUCAGUUAUCAACUCUGUGGAAGAUUGUUUCAAAGAAAUUUCUACAAGUCAGUUUUGAAUAUUUGAACAGAUCUGAGAGCUACCUGAAGUUCUGUAAGCCCCGGUGUGAUUUAGAAAUCGUGUCUUACCGGCUGGUUGGAUCGAAAUUCGGGGUAUCGGAGUUUGGAAAUACUAGGUAUCUGACCUUAAACUGGUAAGCAGUAUUUUUAUUGAAUUACUGGUAAGCCGUUUCAGUGGUAUAAAACAG